UUAUAACUGCCCUCAAUUUUUAUUAUUUUAACUAACCGAUGUUUCGCUAUACCUCGGCCAUUUUUACGUCAACUCCAAUCGUUAACACUUCGGCACGAUCAAUAUGUGAAUAUAAAAUUGCAUAAAUAACGUUUUUUAUUCAUUUUUUUUAAAUUAAAGCAACGCCUAAGUUACAAUAUGACGCCAAUGAGGUUCGCGUAUCAAAUUCUCGUUUGUGUAGUUGUUUUGAGUCGUAUAAACUGUGUUGUAAGUGAACCACAUGGUAUGGCUUUGGGCGGUCAUUACGGGAUGCAUGAUGAAACAGAGCACAUACACAGCACAGAGCGUCCGUGUGCAGUGUGCCCGAGACAAGGAGUCUGCGUGCCGCACGUGCAGUGCCCAGCUCAUGUGCGGCCUGGCUCACACAACCCACAGUGUCACUUAGGUGGCACGAGGGUUGGAGUGUGCUGCUUCACAGGGAGAAACCAUGCAGCGGAGUCAGACCACAAGUUCCGCUCUUCAGUCGACAUAGAAGAUGUCAAGGCGGCUCACAACCAGUCGCGGCUGAAGCUAAAGCAUUGGCUAGAACGUGCUGAGGAGUUGCAGAGGGAACCAUACGCUGUCAUCAACACAACUACUCCGAGCUACGGACAUCACUUGUCUCUAGCGACAUACGAUAAAAGAGCACAGAAACUGGGGCGUGGCGCAUUACUCAAUCUCUUUGCUGCGCAGGAGUUGAAAUCUAGACAAGCUCUGUCAGAUGAGGAAUUAGCUUUGGGAUUCACUGAUCAUACAGAUGGACCAUUCUGCCCACCCGUGCCUUCAUGUCCAGAAGUACCGAGUAAAUACAGGAGCAUUGAUGGCAACUGCAACAACCAAGCCAAUCCGAGCUGGGGCGCUGUCAAUACUGGCUAUAGAAGAAUGCUACCGCCUUCUUAUAGUGAUGGUAUUUGGGCAAUCAGGAUCUCAGCCCUAGGUGCGCCGCUGCCAUCAGCGCGAGCAGUAAGCAGUGCACUCAUACUGGACGGCAGUCACCCCAGCCGCACACACAACCUGCUGUUUAUGCAGUUCGGGCAGUUCAUUGCGCACGACAUCAGCACUGCCGUGGUCUUUACUUUAAGUAACGGCAACCCCAUUUCCUGCUGUGACAGAAACGGAGAAGAUGCCCUACCCCCAGAGAGGCAGCAUUGGGCCUGCGCCCCCAUAGUCCUGGAUGAAGGAGACCAGUUUUACGGCCAGUUUAACCAGAGGUGUAUCAAUUUUGUGCGGGCCCAGCUUGCUCCAGACUUUGACUGUUCUGUUGGUUAUGCUACGCAGAUGAACGGUGCCUCCCACUAUCUGGACAUGUCACACCUGUACGGCAACUCGCCAGAGAAGAUGGCUAAGCUCCGAGCACCGGGUGGACUGCUGGCGGUGUUCAGCGACUACGGGAGGGACCUACCCCCUCUGACCAGACGGAAGGAGUGCUUGAACAUACACGACGGGGCUGCUUGCUUUGAAUCUGGUGAUAACCACGGAAACCAGGUGAUUUCCCUAACAGUCCUCCACACGAUCUGGACUAGAGAACACAAUAGAAUAGCGCGAGCACUGUCAGCGUUGAACUCUGGCUGGGACGAGGACACCGUCUUCUGGGAGACCAGGAGAAUCGUGCUCGCCGAGUACCAGCACAUCAUCUAUAAUGAGUGGCUUCCUCUGCUACUAGGUCCUAAAACGAUGCAAAUGUUCGGGCUGACUCCAUCACCAGGGUACGCUUUGGCAUACGACCCUACUGUCAACCCAUCUCUCGCUGCCGAAUUCGCCGCUGCUGCCAUGAGAUUUGGACAUUCCAUAGUCGACAGCCAGCUUACAGUCUUAAGUCCACAACACAAAGGAAUUUACGAGUCAAUAUCCCUCCCAGAAGUGAUGUUCCAGCCAUCCAGACUACGCAUAAAGCCAUUCCUCGACCGACUUCUGCUGGGCCUCAUGUGGCAACCGAUGCAAUCCGUCGACCCUUUUGUUACUGAGGCUUUAUCCCGUUACAUGUUCCACGGAGGCAACCCAUACGGGCUGGACCUGGCCGCCAUCAACAUCCAACGCGGCAGAGACUUCGGUCUUCAGUCAUACAACGAGUACCGGAGACUGGUUGGACUGGAGCCCAUCACUGACUUCCAUCAGUUUGCACCGAGUGCCGCCAAUAGGCUUUCCACAGUAUACGCAAGCCCAGAAGACAUAGAUUUAUGGGUGGGAGGACUUCUAGAAGAGCCAGUGGAGGGGGGUAUUAUUGGGACUACCUUCGCCAAUAUCAUAGCUGACCAGUUUACGAAGUUAAAGAGGGGGGAUCGGUAUUAUUACGAAUACGGAUCUGAUGUUAACCCUGGAGCUUUUACCCCGAGUCAGUUGGCUGAAAUAAAGAAGGUGACUAUAGCAAGGAUCGUGUGUGACAACAGCGAUGGAAUAGAAAUAUCUACGUUAUCGCCAAACGCCUUUUUGAGAAGUUUACCGGGGAACGAUCCAGUACAAUGUGAUAGUCCUCUAAUACCAGCAAUGGAUUUAACGUUAUUCAAAGAAUAACUUUUAUAAGUAGUAUAAAGUACAAUCACGCACAUCGGCAUAUAUUUUUUUUAAAAUUUUAAUUC